GUGAGACAGUUAAGAGUAGCAAUACUGAUAUAGUGCCUUGUGAAAGUAUUUAUGGCCGAUUUUUUCAUGUUGCACCGGCAGACUUCAAUGUGAUUUGUUCAGAUUUUAUGUGAUAGAACAAUCCAAAGAAAGGCACAGAAGUAAAAGGAAAAGGACAUCUGGGUUCAAAAAAGUGUUCUAUGCAUUAGUAUUUAGACACUGAUGUCAAUACUUUGUAGGAUCAUCUUUGGCUUAAUUUGUUUUUUUUUGGUUGUUUCUUUAUUACUUUACACAUCGAGAGACAAAGCAUUUUGCUAAAUAUUCUUUGCAAAAUAGCUCAAAUUCAGUCAUAUUGGACAGACAGCAUCUGAGGACAUACAUUUUCAAGUCUUACCACAGAACCUCACUGGUAGAUAGGUGUGGAAUAUCAUUUUAUCUAAACCAUUCUACUGAAGCUCUAGCUGUAUGUUUAGUGUAGUUUUCCUGCUGGAAGGUGGACCUCUCUCCCCGUCUCAAAUCUUUGUAGCCUUUAACAGGUAUUCUUCUGGUAUUGCCCUGUAUUUAGCUCCGCCCACCUUCCCAUCACCCAGAUUUGUACACGACUAAUAAUUCAUCUGGUGACCGAUUUUCCCAAUUGAGCCGUAAACGUCUGCAGCUCUUCCAGAAUCACUAUCAGCCUGUUGGCCGCUUAUCUGAUUAAUGCUCGCCUCAGCUGGCCUCUCAGGUUUGCAAUUGUACCAUACUCUUCAUUUUCAGAUAAUGGAUUGAAAUGUGUUUGGUGAGACGUACAAAGUUUGGAACAGUUUUUUUUUACUUAACCCUGCUUCCCCACAACUUUAUCCCUCCCAUUAGUUUUAUCUGGUGUGUCCCUCGGUUUGAAAAGGUCACACUUUUUAGAUUUUUUUGGGGUAAAGAAAAAUGGAAAAACAUGUAGCCUUUUCCCAUAUCCAUAAAAAUGAUACUAUUUUGUGUUGUUCGAUCACAUAAAAUCCCAAUAAUACAUUGAAGUCUCUGGUUCCUACUGGAUAAAAUGUGAAAAAAUAUAAAUUCUUUAGCAAGGCACUGUCUGUUAGUAAUAAACAAACUAUUAAGGGAAAUUUUGAGAAAUGCUGCUGGGCUCAUGAAGACUUUGGAAUCAGCUCAGUUUGAUGAAUGAAGCAGAAACUAUCUUGUUGAGGUGGUGUGAUGUGAACAAAAUGAUGUUGAAUUGUUCCUUUUUGAACGGUUUAUUGCCAGGAUGAGUAAGCAUUUAUGCUGUCUGAUGCUCUAACACAAUCCACAAUUCUUUCUGUAUUUAAAUCAGUCACAAGUAAAAAGAAUAUGUAUUCAUAAUAUUUGCAGAAACAGCAAGCAUAUAUAUGCACUUAUGAUUAUCCUUUUUCAGAGAAAAUGUGUCACGCGUGUAAGCCACAAACCUUCUUGCACUCAUGAUUACAGGAACUUCAAUAAAGGAAGCGUAAUACUUAGUGACACAUCAGCAUGACAUUUGUUGCAGAAGAUAUUACUACUGGUGUAAAAGGCCUACAGUAUAGAUUCACUUACACAUAAAAAACUCAUCCAUUUCUCUGGGGCAUUGAACAUACACAUGUGUUCCCUUCAGCUCAACCUCCUACUCUUAAGCCUGCCUUGUUAUAAUAGUGAAGCACACUAAAUGCAUCCACAAGCACUUUAAGCCUAGAAACAUUAGUGAGUUCUUAAUGACACUGCUUAAAACUCAUUUUCUGUGUUGACUUUCACAUUACAGCUGACACAGAGCGAUACCUCUGAUAGUGUGAAAAACAACUGGACACGCACAGUCCAGCUUUUGAUUGUACCUUGUGCAACAUCAAAGUGAAAAAACAAAUAAAAACGUUUUCUUUAUAAAAAAAAAAAAAAAAAACUAGAUGUGUUCGUAAGUGCCUACAUGUACCAGAGUGCACCGCGGCUGUCAGUGUUAACCAACCGAGCGCUGAUCUGCUGCACUAGCAAACAGCAGUUUGAUAGACGGGCUGUUUUCGCUUCUCCAAACAUGGACCAAGACAACAAAUCAGAGGAUGAGUCCGUUGGCCUGUCAGAGAAUCCUUCAGACGAGGAACCACCUUGUAUAGCUCCAGGAAUGGAUGGCGAAACGUUGGAGAUGCUCUGGCAGCUGCGAGCCCAGCGCCGCCAGUCCUCCCCUGAGCUACCAGAGACGGUGACCCGUCUUAUCGCUCCUGACGGCAGCACCCUGUACUUGGUGGGAACUGCCCAUUUCAGUGACAACAGCAAAAAUGACGUGGCGACGACGAUCCGCGCUGUGCAGCCAGACGUGGUGGUCGUGGAGCUUUGUCAGUACAGGGUGUCAAUGUUGAGGAUGGACGAGAACACGCUGCUGAAGGAAGCCAAAGACAUCAACCUGGAGAAGGUUCAGCAAGCCAUCAAGCAGAAUGGGCUCAUGUCUGGCCUGAUGCAGAUUCUCCUGCUCAAAGUGUCGGCCCACAUCACAGAGCAGCUGGGAAUGGCCCCUGGAGGAGAGUUUCGGGAGGCCUUUAAAGAAGCGGGACGAGUUCCAUUCUGUAAAUUUCACCUUGGGGACCGGCCAAUCCCUGUGACAUUCAAGAGAGCCAUAGCUGCUCUCAGUCUGUGGCAGAAGGCCCGUCUGGCCUGGGGUCUUUGCUUUUUGUCCGAUCCAAUCAGUAAGGAGGACGUAGAGAAGUGCAAGCAGAAGGAUUUGCUGGAGCAAACCAUGUCUGAGAUGAUCGGCGAGUUUCCUGCUCUCCACCAGACCAUCGUGGCUGAAAGGGACAUUUACCUCACACACACACUUCGCCAGGCAACACGAUGCGUGGAGUCGCCGUCUAAUGGCCAGAAAGUGCCUGCUGUGGUGGUUGGAGUGGUAGGAAUGGGUCAUGUCCCUGGUAUUGAACGAAACUGGGAAAAGGAGCUCAACAUUCAAGAAAUCAUGAGUGUUGCAUCGCCCUCACCGUUCAGCCGGGUAUUGCGCACUGUUGUAAAGGGUGUCUUGAUGGGAAUGCUGGGAUAUGCCUGUUACCGCGCCGGAGGAGGUUUAGGUCGAACCCUGUUGUCUUUACCAGCAGUCCAGUCUUUACUGCAGACACUUCGACUUCAUCCCGCCUGACCCCGUUGGACCGCGCCGCAUUUUCUGACACAAGCGUUGAUUUGUUAAAAUGAUGCAUCUAUCACCGAUGGCCUUAAAUGCAGGAGGUGAGGCUGGAAUGGGUGUACCAGCUCACACCUGGGGACUGAUAAUGACCUCACUGGGGUCAAAAACUUGUAACCUCCUAUUGAUGUCCCUAUAGACACAGUGGGACUGUACUGCCAAAGAAACCACAACUGUAUGCUAGAAGGCAUAAAUUGCCUCUUAGUAGAAUAAUACAUUUCUUAAUUUUCCUGAUAAUUACUUACAGAAUUUUAAUUAGCUAAUCAUCCCUGGAAUCAAAUUGAUUAAUUUCCCUGGAUAUAAUAGGACCAUUUUCUUGAAAGAAGCCCUUUUCUGAGCAUCAAACAGAUUGUUGGUAAUUGGUCCAGCACUUUAUAAGAGGUAAAUUAUAUUAAUGGCACAGCGUGUCUGAACUAGAAAGUCAAUCGUCAUUUUUAUGAUUUUCAACAAAAACAAUGAAAAAAACAUUCACAUGGUGCUCAUUACUAACAUUCAGGAUUAGCAGAAGAAACUGUACGUGAUUGCUCUGAGCUCCAAACUUUACAGCCAAGUGCCUCAUAUUUCAGCUGGAAGGGCUACUGUGAAAACCAACAUAUUUCUGUCAGCUUCAUCUCACAAAUGGUUAGUGCAGUUUUCAAAUGAUUUGACAUCAUACACAUGAAAUUCUAUUUUGUAAAGAAAGGACAUGAAGUUUAUGUUGAGCGUUUUUGUGAGCACUCAUAAUUUUACAGACACUGAUGCUCAGGAGGCCUAAGAGUGUCUCACAAAACAGUGGGGUGAAAACAUUUAUAUUUUAUUAUACUUCUAAUAUGAGGUACCCAACCUUUGUGUUAAGUAUCUUAUACAACAUAAAUGAAUGAUUUCUAUAGGGAAUACCAUUUUUUUAGCCACUGCUCAGGCUGUGUUAAUAUAUGCAUUCAUAUUUAUUAUAAAAUAAAGAAACCAGAUAAGAAUGGAAGUUUCUUUGUUUCCCUCAGCGUAAAGAGGUCCGUAAUGGUUUGUGUGUUUAUGAAUCUGUUUAUUGGGGCUGCUAAACAAACUUUAGGUGGAAUUGGGUAAUUUAGCCUUACUUUGCUGUCACUGCUGCCUUUGACCCUCUGAUUGCCUCAACUGUCAAAGCCUAACACCAACACAUGUGUAUAUCUAAUAUAUUUAGUUACGGCAUGUAUAACAAAAAUAAGACAACCCUGAAGCAAAACGGGUGACGUCAAAGCAUAGUACAGUUGGUUCUCUCAGCAUAACUGCAUGUCAUUUUAAGUGAUUUCUGUACAGUUUUUUUUUUUUUUUUAUCAUUUACUGUAGAUUAAGGCAAGGGAUGUGAAAUGAUCAUUUAAUUUUAACAUGUAAAUGGGUCCAAUGAAUUUAUACAGAAUGUAAUGUUAAUUUUUUUAAAGCAUAGCAAAAACCAGUGCCAGCUAUUCACAGCCUGAGCUUAUUCCAAUAACCUGUCUUCCAAUGUAUAAAAUGUUAUAAGGAAAAAGGAAACUGAAGGUCAGUUGCAAGUCGGAUACCAUUUUGCUCACUUAGUUUGUCCAUCAGAAACAUACAAAUGACUGCAUGUUUGAGAACUCCCUAAAAGAGAGGAUGAAUGGCUGUAUUUAUUGUAAUAACUGCUUAGCUCAUAUUGUUUUGUCACUGUAAUGGUACCAAACAGAGUCUUCUAUAAAAAGAGUAAACUAUA